ACCGUUCAACUCUACUGAGUCUGCGCAGAAGUGUUUGUGUGUAGCUAGCUACGUAAAUAUGGCUGUCGGAAAGUGAAACGCAAAUGACAAUAAACCCGCCUGAUCCGAAAACCACGUCUACAGGGGACCGAAAGGACACAUAAGUUAUAAACCAACAUGUCUCGGCACAGAAAUGUCCGAGGCUGCAACUACGAUGAAGGCAAGCUGUACUCAUGUCUGGACCAGAUGCGUGAGGUGCUGGGUGACACAGUGCCAGAGUCUGUCCUUACCCAGGUUGCCUUGCAGUGCGCCUUCAACCCCGAGAGAGCCCUGGACACCAUCCUAUCAGACGAGAGCACCGGUGCUCCGCCCCGAUCCGCUAAGACCCAUCAGGAUGCACCACUGCCCCAGGGAGCCAAUAAGGAAGGACCACUGCCGCAGAGAGCGAAUAAGGACAUGGCAGCUGCACCAAGAUCCAAUCAGGAGGCAUCAGCCACCCCACAACCAAAGAAAGGAGCCUGCCUAUCCAACUCUGACACUGUACUCACACCAACACACACACCAGCUCUAUGUCCACCUACCUAUCCUCUGAACCUCAGUGACCUAGCGCGGCCUGUGAAAGGUCGUUGUCAUGACACUCACAACCUCUCCACUUCCACUCUGAAUUUCGCGGCGGGUUCCGCAAGGCCCUUGGCGACGGUUGCCGAGGCGGGGAGCAGCAGCAGCCUGGCCCAGUUGAUGUCUGAGCAUGUUCAGAAGAGUCAGAGGGCGGGACUCCCCUCACUGUCCUCAUCUACUCUGGCUGUUCUUUCUGGCCUCUCAUUGGGCACUCUAGCGUUGUUAAACUCCAACUCCGCCCCCAGUGCUACAAGUCCCUCCAACCACCUUGCCUCCUCUUUGGGUAGCUUGUCCUUAGGUAACCCCAAACUGACAGCUCCGGGCGCCAAUAUGGCCCCUCCCUCCUUCGGCAGCCUGAGCUCCGUCCUCCAGAGCAGCCGACCAAUGGAGAUAGCGACUGGGGGAGGGGCUAAGGGGGCGGAUCCCAAAGGAAGCCCGUCAUUGGCUGAGCUGAUCCAGGAACAUUCCAACAGCAGCCCCACCCUCUACAGAACACUCCCCGGUCUCCACGGGAACAGCUCAAUCCCCAUUGCCCACGGCAACACAGCUCAGACCGCCGCCGGACCAGCACCAGCUCUCACACGCUCCCUGUCCCAGCUCCCACAACCCCCAGGAACUCUGAACACACACUGUUCCCCCCAGACCCAGAUCACAACAACACCAGAACCCCACGUGUCUCUGUUGGCCUCUCACCGUCAGCCAGUAAGCACGGUGCCAGCAGCAGACCCAGACAGACAGGUAGUACCACCUCCUGGCCUACUGGGGGAGCUCUCUCCACUAGCCUCUCAGCAACACAACAGAACUUCCUCCGACACCCCACCAUCACUCUCCCUCGCCGCGCUCCUGUCACCAGGGAAACCACAGCCAAGAAGUAUCCAAGAGGGUGGAGUCAGAGACAAACCCCGCCCCCUUUUGUCACCCACUCCCCUGAGUCUCCGCCCACCAUGGGGUGAUCAGAGUGUUGAUCUAAGCGCGCUCAUGGCCCAGUCGUCCCACGGUGGAGUGUUGUUCGCAUGUCGCCAUGACAAAGGCCUCUCCUCGCCGUCCGCGGUCGCCUGGAGGUCAGACCACCACCGCCACGGUUCCUCUGUGUUCGCUCGACCGUCCGUCUUCGCCCUGACCCUGUCGGUGCGUGCGCCCAGCCGGGGGAAGAGGAGGAGGAUGAUGAUGGAGGCUGUGGGAGAUCUGAGGUUAGAGGUCGGAGGAGGGGGUCACCCGGCGUUUCUGUACGGAACACAGACCCAGCUGGUCAAAGCUAAAGAACAGACGCCCCUCUUACCCAUAACCCCUUUCACCUUCGACACGCCCUCCCCCGACGACGUCGUACGAGCCAAUCAGAAGAAGGCCUUCACCCGCGAGUAAAGGUCACUAAGGAAGUGGACUGACUGUUGCUAGGCCACGCCCCCAAAUGGCACCCUACAUUACUUUGGUCUCUGGUUUUUAAAGUAGUGCACUGUUCAGGGAAUAGGGUGUCGUUUGAGGCGUAACCAAGGUGAUUAAA